CCGCAUUAUCUAAAAGGAUAUUUCAAUAUUAUUAUUCACGGCAUUUAUAAACGAUGGCGGAUUCGGCGAUUAGUAACGUCGUCACAGACGCUGCAGUUACCAUGGCAUCGGACAGAGCAUCGGUAGAGUCUUUAUGUGUACAAUGCGGCGCCAUGGGUAUUACAAUGGUUCUUAUGCAUAUGAUUCCUCACUUUAAAGAGGUUAUUUUAAUGUCGUUUGAGUGUCCUUCCUGUGGUUAUCGCAACAGUGAACUUCAAGAUGCUGCUCCGCUACAGGACUAUGGACUUAGGCUUAAAGCUCAUGUAGCUUAUGAAGGGGCGCUGCGAAAUCAAGUGGUGCUCUCCGGUACUACUUCUUGUAGAAUAGAGGAAAUCGACUUUGAAUUUCAACCAACUAUGGAGAAGGGUACAGUGACUACUAUCGAAGGAUACCUGAUGCGUUUGGCCGGAGGUUUAGGUGAUCAUAUCAGCAGCAUCGCCGAUGCCAUGAGAGAGAACCCCGGUAUAAUUAUAGAGAUGGCUGAUGGGAAACAACACACAGCCGCUGAAUACUUAUAUAGUUUGAAUUCCAUUAAGCAAAGUUUGAUAGAAUUCUCCGAGGGUGACAAGCCGUUCACUCUAAUACUGGACGACCCUGCGGGAAACACUUACAUAGAAGAAACGCAGCAUUUGUCAGUUGAAUCCACUCGCUACAAUCGCAGUCCUGAACAGCAAGAGAUGUUGGGAUAUAUUGCCAAGGAAGAUGAUAAAAAAGAAAUUGAUCUCACAACUCCCAUCGCUGAUGAUGAUGACGUUGGUAAGGAGGGAUUAUCUCUUCCAGUAGACUGCCCUCACUGCGGUAAGGUUGGCAACAAUAAAAUUUGCGAAGUUUUGGUACCUGGAUUUGGACCUUGUGUCAUUAUGGCAUUUACUUGUGAAAACUGUGGAGCCAAGUCGAAUGAAAUUAAACCCGGCGGUGGCUACAAGGAGCAUGCUAGAAAGUGGACCUUAAAGGUACAGGAUGUUACUGACCUAAACAGGGAUGUUAUAAUAUCCGAGACUGCUACUAUUCAUAUCCCUCUUUUGGAGUUGGACAUGACUGCUGGUACCAUAGGCGCUGUCUACACAACUGUUGAAGGCAUGCUAAUAAAGCAUGCAGACAGCUUGGAAACGGCAUAUCCGUUUUUACUGGGUGAUUCCGCUGACCCAUCCAAUACCACCCUGAAGGAUAAAGUGCGUCAGCUGAGGGCACUUGCUUCGGGUGAAUUCAAGCAGCCUUAUGAGAUCAUCAUAGAUGACCCUGCCGAUCAUUCAUUCGUUGGAGCUCGUAAUGGUGCUUCUGGAGACGACAGCAACCUGCGCUCGGAGACUUACCAGCGCACAGCUGAGCAGAACGAUCUACUGGGACUAACAGAUAUGGUAACAGAAAAUUACUAGAACAA